AUGGACACGGAUGCGCAAGAUAAGUGGGAUGAAAAGAAUCAAUGGGCGAUGAACUACAUCUAUAGUAGUAUAACGAAUGAGCAAUUAGAAUUUGUUGGUGAUCAAGACACUGCUUUAAAAAUAAUGCGGAAAUUUGAUGAGAUGUAUAUGAAGAAAUCAACAGCAGUGCAAAUUUGUAUAAGAAGUAGACUAGACAUGAUGAGGUUGAAAGACUUUGAAGAAUCAAAUUCAUUUUUCACGGAAUUUGAAAAAACGAUCAAUGAAUUAAAGAGUGCUGGUGCAAAUGUAAGCGAGCGUGAAAAACUCGACUACAUGCUGAAAGCACUACCAGAAUCAUUGAACUAUAUUGGGGACUUAAUCGACUCAGUGAAAGAAAGUGAUCAAACAUGUGAAUUUUUGAAAAAUAAAAUUAUAAUGUGGGAAACGCGUAGCAAGAAAGAAAGUGAUAGAACAAAGUCAAAUGUAUUUACAGCCGAAAAAAAGGACAUAAAGUGCUAUGGCUGUGGAAAGUACGGCCACAUGGCAAGAAAUUGCACAAACACGUGCAGAGGUGGAAACAAUGGCGGAAACAACGGAGGAGCGCAACGGCAAGGAAAUCCAGAGCCUAAAGUACUUGAAGUUGAACCUAAUAGAGAAGCAAGGAAGAGCGUGAACGUUACUAUAAAUGUAGGAAGAAACGAAAGAAAUGUUGAAAUAACGGAACCAGUGAAGAAAGCUAAAUUAGACCGGACAAAAUUCAAACCAGUUCCAGAAACUUAUUCACCUACAAGACUUUCCGCCAAAGAAAGAUUAGGUGAAAAAGUAGAUGAAAAUAAAGAAAGAAAAAUUAGUCCCAUAAAAAGCUUUUUAGAUAGACGUGAGAUGAAAAGUGAAAAUCAAUCCAGAAGUAGAUCUCCUAGAAGUACAAGAGAUAAACGAAUAUCUUCACUAUUAGAUAGACGCGUUGAUUCAUCAUUAACUAUACCAGGAAGUGAACGUAAGGUAUUCCUCGAUGACAGAAAACGAGAUAAUAAAGAUCGAGGUGAUCGUUCAAAAGAAGGAAACGAUUUCAGAAGUGUACGACACGAUAUAAGAUCAGAAAGAGAUCCAAGAAUUGAUUCGAGGGGAGAUUUCAGAUCGACUCGUAACGAUUCUAAAGGGGAAAGGAUAGAUAAGGAUAGAGAAAAAGAUAGAGAUAAAGAAAGAAGAGGAAGAACGCCAUCUUGCACGUUUAAAAGAAAUGAUAUCCCAAAGAUAGGCCUUUUAAAGAGUAGAGAGGAAGAAGAUGAUAGGCGUAGAGACAAGAAACGGAAAGAAAAGAAACAUAAGAAAGAUAAAGAAAAAAACUUAGAGAAGAAACAGAAGCAUAAAGAAAAUAUUGGUUUAAAAGAUAAACCUGAAAGCAAUGAAACUAAAAUAAAUUAUGAAAAUCCUGAACCUCCAGCUACAGAAUCUAUAAAGAAGCAAAGAAAGAAUCCAAGACUUGUGUCCGAUCGUAAACGUAGUAUGCUCGAUGAAGCUAGUUUUGAACCUGACUAUAGUGCUUCAGACUCAGAAUCAGAUGGUGAAGAUGGUAAAGUGGUUUCAUUACCUACCAAAAAACUCAAACUCGAUGAGCCAGAUAUAGAAAAGGAAAUGGAUAUAAAAUCACUUAAAAAGCGAUCAAAAUCUACAAGUAGCGAAGAUUCAUCCAGUACCUCAGAUAGUUCUACUACUGAUUCAGAUAGUUCAGAUGAAUCGCAUAAAAAGAAGAAGAAGAAGCAUAAAAAACAUAAGAAGAAGAAAUCUAUGAAAAAAGAUAGUAGUUCUGAUUCAGAUUCUUAUUCAGAUUCAUCUGAAACAAGUACAGAUGAAGAAAAGCAUAAAAAGAAAUCAAAAAAAUCAAAGAGUAGGAACAAACAAGCAAAAAAGAAGAAGAAAUCAAAGCACAAAAAAUUAAGGAGGUGUGUUGAGAUAUGUGUAAUUUUCUGUGCUGGACUGAGUUAA